AUGGCAAUGCUUGGAUUGAGUCAUACACAAGCAGGUGGGCUGGUGUCGAUCCACAUAUCCGACCGACCCACUGCAGGCGUUCCGCAUCCCGUGUUGGGCGAGAGAGUUGUCGACUUUAGCAUGUCGCUCUUCGUGCCAUUCCUGUCUUUCUGGAUCGCUGUCUUCUUGCACGAGCGAUAUGUCUCUUACAACAACGAGAUCAUGUUGAGCUAUGAGCCCCUACAGAGAAAGUCGUGUCAAGUCAUGACCACUUGGUUGGGCUUGGCAGGCUUCAUGAUGAACGCCAUGAUGGUUCCGCUUUCCCUGGAUUUGGCUUUCAGCCUGGGGCAGUCAGCUACAGCAUCGGGACUCUUUGUCGGAGCGCAACUGGUUGCAGGAAUUGUCGGAACGCUGCUAGGGAGGCUGCUGGUUAACGAGCUGGAGUGGGCACAAUUCUUCGUGAGGAGGGUGUUGAUUUUCAUCUUUUGGUUCCUCUCCUUUGCAGCCUUGGCCAAUGCUUGUUUCUACAACUGGACUGCUCAAAGCAGCCAGGUCAAUCUUAUCUGGUGGAUCGCCAUAGGGUACAACAGUAUGCUGAACUUGAUUGCAGCUAUCCCAGGUGUGAUGUGUGUGGUCCUUUGGACUAAAGUCACGCAUCCAGGCAAUCGCACGAUGUGGACCUUCAUAGGCCAGUGCUCUCGAAAUGCUGGCAUGACCAUUGGUCCGCUUGCAUUCUUGCUGGUGAGUCGGAUGGUUGUCCGCGGAGGUGAGCCCGUAAAUCCAAGGAGUAUGAUGGCCUGGGUAUGUAUUUUCUCGGCCGUUUUGAAUCUGAUGAGCCUGACGAUCGCUGUUUUUGGCAUACCGACCGAGCUUCCCCAUGCUCUUCCAGAGGCUUUGUCGGAGGAGGGCUCCUUCCAGCUAUCAGGGGAAGCUCGGCCAGAAGAUCUCGACGACUCCGGCCGGCAGACAGUGUACUGGAAGAUCGUCCUCUACUUCUGCGAGAGACCCCUGACGCUUGCAGCAAUCGAGGUGUCGACAACCAUGAUGCUGGAGUUGCUUUAUGGCUGGGAUGCCUACCACUCUGGCUUUUGCUUCACCAUCAUGUGUCCGGCUGGCAUCGUCCUUGCCAUUGUACUGAAAUCUCUUAUAAACGCAGGCAUCGUGCGGGAGCCCAACGUUUACUUUGGGUCCAUGGUAGUCUCGGUGCUGGGCUGCGCACUGCUUUUCGACGAAGGCAAUGCAGGGCCCACGACACUCAUCGCCGCUGGCACUAUGAUUUACACGGGUGCCGCCUGUGCCAAUGGCAUUGCCGAUGGUUGGGGGUCGAGAGCAGCAAAGGAAGGUACUGGUUUUGGCCAGGCGCAGUUCCAGCUGCUUAAGAUGCUGGCCAUCAGCCUCGCACGCUUCACUGGAGACCUUCUCGGCCGCUUCCUGGUAGACUACGGCGGCCGCAACAUGUAUGCCGCUUUUCAGCUCCUGCUGUGCCUCGCGGGUGCCCACACAGCGUACGGGGCCUGUCGGCCCCUGUGGGCAAAGGAGCGCGAGGGGGAGUCCGGGGAGACCUUGGAGAAUGAGGAGGCAGAGAGCACAAAGGGCACCUCGGGCCGGAAGUUGCUCCAGGCGCCGGAGGACUCGCCGAAUCCCUCCGAGGCUUCUCCCAUGCAGAGAUGA